CCCAGCCUGCUCCUAGCUGUCCAGGGCGCCUCGGCAGCCGGCUUCCCUCCCUCCUUCCCUCCCUGGCUGCCUCCUCCUCCCUUCUCCUACCCUCCUUCCCCCUUCACCCCCAUCCCCUGCCCUGGACUCUGCAAACAUGAGGGUCUUGGCCUGCCUCCUUGCACUACUGGUGGGGACCCAGGCUAUUGAGCGACUACGCCUGGCUGAUGGCCCUCACAGCUGUGCAGGACGCCUUGAGGUCUGGUACAGCGGGCGCUGGGGCACCGUGUGUGAUGACGGAUGGGACCUUCGGGAUGCUGCAGUGGCCUGCAGAGUGUUGGGCUGCGGAGGGGCGCUGGCCGCCCCUGGGGGUGCCUUCUUCGGGGAGGGCACUGGACCUGUGUGGCUCAGUGAACUGGCCUGCCGGGGCAGUGAGGGACAGCUGGGUAUCUGUCCCCACCGGGGCUGGAAGGCCCAUAUCUGUUCUCAUGAGGAGGACGCAGGCGUCGUCUGUGUAGGUCAGCGUGCAGCUAACUCUAGAGAAGAUUCAACAUCCCUACUGGAUGGGGAUCCGUGGCCACCACUGUCUGGGGAGCUGAGCCCGAGCUCAGAGGAACCCCCAGUGACUCAUGCUCCCCAACCAGCAGCAAGCUCCCAGAAUGGCCCUCGCAAGAAGAACCUCCGACCACCCAAGCAGGCCAAGUCCACCCGGGCCCCUGUACUGACAAAUGGAGCUUCCCGCCAAGAGCGACUGCGCUUGGUCUCAGGUCCCCACGGAUGCGCUGGCCGCCUGGAAGUCUGGCACGGUGGACGCUGGGGCACUGUUUGUGAUGAUGGAUGGGACCUCCGAGAUGCAGCAGUGGCCUGUCGGGAGCUGGGAUGUGGCGGGGCGCUGGCUGCCCCUGGGGGUGCCAGAUUCGGACCUGGUGCAGGACCCGUGUGGAUGGACGACGUGGGGUGUGGAGGAGGAGAGCAGGCUCUCCGGGACUGUCCCCGGAGCCCCUGGGGCCGGAGCAACUGUGACCACACUGAGGAUGCAGGGCUGGUCUGCACUGGUCCUGCACCCAGGCUGCGACUUGCUGAUGGUCCCCACGGCUGCGCGGGCCGCCUGGAGGUUUGGCAUGGUGGUCGCUGGGGAUCAGUGUGUGACGAUGCCUGGGAUCUUCGUGAUGCCGCUGUGGCCUGCAGGGAGCUGGGCUGUGGGGGCGCGUUGGCUGCCCCAGGGGGCGCCUUCUUUGGGGAGGGGUCUGGACCCAUUGUCCUGGAUGAUCUCAGAUGUCGGGGGAAUGAGACAGCCUUGCGAUUCUGCCCUUCAAGGUCCUGGGGCCAGCAUGACUGUCACCACCGGGAAGAUGCUGGGGCCGUGUGUGAUGGCAUGCCGCUUGGUGAUGUGCAGCCCACAGCCCCCACAGUCAACAGCAACACCUCAACACCCCGGCUUCUGUCUACCUCAGUGAGCCAGACCCCAAGUCUAGUAGGCAGUCGGCCUCCUGCCUCUCCCACUGACCCUCCAGAGCCUGGGCCUGAAGCUGGGUCUCCCCAGCUGCGCCUGGUGGCUGGUCCCAGCAGGUGCUCUGGCCGGCUGGAGGUGUGGCAUGAUGGGCGCUGGGGGACGGUUUGUGAUGACGGCUGGGACAUGAGAGACUCGGCCGUGGUCUGCCGGGAGCUGGGCUGUGGGGGGCCUCGGCAACCAGACCCUGCAGCAGGCCGCUUCGGUUGGGGCGCGGGCCCCAUUUGGCUGGAUGAUGUAGGUUGUGUGGGGACGGAGGCUUCGUUGUCAGAAUGUCCUGCUGCUUCCUGGGGGAAACACAACUGUGCCCACAAUGAGGAUGUCGGGGUCACCUGCACUGGGACCCCUGGCCUGGGUACCAUCUCAGACCCCUUCAGCUGGAGCUGGCUCCCUGGGCUGGGGAGAGAUCAGGAUGCUUGGAUUCCAGGAGAGCUGGCCACCAAGCCCUCUGCUGAUCUCACCUCCAGUGUGCUAGAGAAGACCACAAAGGCUCCAGGGAAAGCGCCCAAGAGCACUAAGAAGUGGGUGACUAAAAACGCAAAGCGGCCAACCGCUCCACCCCCUGGGAUGCCAACCACUAGACGCUCCAGGGUCCCAGGCACUCCAAGCACCCUAAAUAUAACCCCACGUACCUCCGAGUUACCUAAAAGACUGACCACUGAGGCUCCCCACAGACAGAUGUCACAUACCCCUGUAAAACUGACCCCCAGAGUCCCCUGGGAGUGGACCUCAGAGACUGUAACAUCACUGUCCACUCAAGACCCCCAAGAAGUGACCUCUGAGGCCACCAUCACACAGACCCCUCAAGCCUCCUUGGAGCCACCUGGUGAGAGCCCAGAAGGCUCGCUGGAGUCCUCCCGAGAUCCAGCCCCCACCCCAUCUGCUGGAGUCCCUACGCCAUCAGGUCCCUUCCGGGUUCGUCUGGCUGAUGGGCCUAACAGGUGUGCUGGCCGGCUAGAGGUGUGGCAUGCUGGACAGUGGGGGACGGUCUGUGAUGACAGCUGGGACCUUCGGGAUGCCACAGUGGCCUGCUGGGAACUGGGCUGUGGAAAGGUCCGGCCCCGAGUAGGCAAAACCCACUAUGGUCCUGGGACCGGGCCCAUCUGGUUGGAUGACAUGGGCUGUAAGGGGAGUGAGACCUCACUGAGCGACUGCCCCUCGGGGACAUGGGGGAAGCACAACUGUGACCACGAGGAAGACGUGGUGCUCUCCUGCACCGGGUACACGGGUGACGAUGAUUAUCCCUCCUGGACUUGGGACCCCACUUCAGGAGAGGACCUGACCAAAGGAACCACUACGGCAGCACAGCCUGGACGGACUCUUUCCUGGGCGGCUACCACUAGGAACCCGGAAGUCCCCUCUUCAGGAACACAGAGGCUGCCAGACACAGAUGGCCAGGGCGGUUAUGAACUCUCCUGGACGUGGGAUACACCUUCACGGAGGGGUCUGUCCCGAGGGACCCCCACCACGACCAAACCCCGACCCACUGUCACCAGCGGCACCGGCAAGAGUCCAGGCCACCCCUUUCCAGCUCCGAGGGCCCGUGCAGGCACAGGUUCCCCAAGGAAGCCAAAACCGGAGCGCCGGCUGCUGCGACCAACCCCAGCCAGGACAGCACCCACCACCUUAUCCCCAGCUCCUUCCACUUCCCCAGCGCCUUCUGGCUCACCGCUGACCUCUGGCUCUGGGCCACAGCUCAUCCCUGACUCAGCCACAAAGCCAGAGAGGACCACAGGCCCUCCCCAAACAUCUCCACCCACUCCGGGACUGUCCUCUUUGACAGCCUCUGACUCUGCUUUGUCCACUUCUGAUGCCAGUUUGCUUCCCACUGGGAUCCCACAGCACUCCCAGAGCCCAACAUCCACCUCCCUUAAAGGACUAACCUCUGACUCCUCCGCGCUACCAGAAGGGACCAGCCUUUCCCCUACCUCAGAACUGACCCCAGCAUCCGAUACAACCCCAGGCUUGGGUGCAACACCCAAAAUAGCCCCAGAACGUUCUGACUUCUCAGGCAUCCCCAUGAGCCCCAGGACCCCCACACAGCCUUCCACUGACCCUCACCCCACCCCAGCCCCUCACCCUACCACCACCCCUAACCCCACCACCAUUCCUCACCUGACCACUACCCUUCACCCGACCACCACCCCUCACCCGACCACCACCCCUCAACACACCACUUCUUACCCUACCAUGACCCCUGUACACACCACAGACCCUCAGCUUCCCAGGACCCCUCACCCCACCGCAACGCCUCAACCUCCCACCAACCCUCAUGCUUCCUUAACCGCUGCCACCCCUACAAAGUCCCUUCCAUCUUCCCUGGAGACGGGGUUUCCCUCUCUCACUCUGGAGCCAAGGGUCAAGCCUAGCCUACACCCGGAACUGACCUUUGAGGAAGCCCCUCCUACAAGCACAUCCGGAAAGCAGAACCUGGAGCCCUCUCCAGCCUCCGAGUCUGACCGCUCCAGGCAUUCUCCAGCUCCAAGCAUGGACCCACAGUCCACGGAGGUCUUUAAACCGCCCAGAAGCCAGAGUCCCAAAUUAACCUCUCCACCUUUCCAGACUUCACACUCACCUCCAGACCCCACUGUGACCUCCGACCUUCACCUCUCCUCUAUGGCCCACCCGUUGGACCAACCUCCCCCUGACCGCUUCACUCAAGGGCCAAGCCUUAAUCACAACCCAGAAGCCCUUGGACCGUGUCUGUCCCCGGUACCCCCUGUAAGGGUCAUGGCUUGUGAGCCACCGGCCUUGGUGGAGCUGGUGGCUGCUGUGAGGGAGGUGGGUGACCAGCUGCAGAGGCUGACUCGGGUCCUGGAACAAGACCGGCAGGAACGUCAAGUCCUGGGGCUGGGCCUAGUCCGGUUGGUAGAGGCUGCCCAGGGCCUGGGGCAGCUGAGCGAGACUGUAAAGAGACUGGCAGAGGUGGUCUGGCCUCCCAGCACCCCUGUGCCCACCACCACCACCACCGAGGAGGAGGAGAGGCCUCUCAGGGGAGAUGUGUGACUCUUUCUGAAAUUCAGGGUGCUUAAGAUGCUCUCAGACAAAAGAAAACCAA